AAGUGUUCAGACUCGUUCUAACUUCAAGAAGCAGACGGAGGAGACGUGAAGUCUGAGGCUGGGGAGUGUUCAGCUACAUUUAUAUUAUUUAUUCAUAUUAUUUUACAGUCAGUGUUUUUCACUGGAUCCCAGAGACAGAUGUGAACAGCAGGUCUGGAACAAAGAAACUUCAAAGGACUUAUUAACAGAGUUAACUCACAGUUUCACUUUUUAUCUUCAUCUGUUCAUCAAGUGUUUAAUAACAGAACGUGUUUUCACAAACAUACGUUACAGCAGUGGUCACCAAGCAGUGGAGAGUCUUCACUGUGGAUCCCAGUUAAGCCAGAUAAACAUUGAAACUGGUGCGAAAGAUCAUUUCACUGAGUUCUGGAACUAGACCAGACCUUGAAUAUCCAGAAGAGCAGGGAGGCCUGAACCACAACUGAGCCGCAGCCGGCCCGGUGCAACAUGGACGAGGACACUUCAGAGCAAGUUGGACCCUCACACACAAAAGGUCAGGACCAGAGACUGAGAUCAGAGUCUCCAGGGUCCAGCUGUGUGUCUCUGAAGAGUGACAUGUCCAUGAGAAAUCCUCCAUUCUUCAGUAAUGAACCUGGACCCUCACAUACAAAAGGUCAGGACCAGAGACUGAGAGCAGAGUCUCCAGGGUCCAGCUGUCUGUCUCUGAAGAGUGACAUGUCCAAGGGUCAGCCUGUAAACUUCAGUAAUGAACCUGGACCCUCACACACAGAGGAGAGGAAGAGGAGUCAUGUUUCUGAGGAGGAGCAGUCGUCCUGCUGUGCUUCGUGUCAGGACGUCCUGAAGGAUCUAGUCUCCACCAGCUGUGGACACUGGUUCUGCAGACAGUGCAUCACCUCAUACUGGGACCAGUCUGGUUCUUCCGGAGACUCCUCCUGUCCCCAGUGUGGACAAAGAUCCAGAACAGGAGCUGGAGAUCGUGGUCUGCAGGAUGUUUUAGAUGAACAUAAGCUCAGUCUGAGGAGGAGAUGUGAACAUGUGACUGAAGGAAGUCAUGAAACAGGAAGUAGAACCCUCCUCAACAGGAUCUACACUGAGCUCUACAUCACAGAGGGACAGAGUGAAGAGGUAAAUACUCAACAUGAGGUGAGGCAGCUUGAGACGGCUUCCAAGAUGAAGAUCCUCCACGACACUCCUAUCAAGUCCCACGACAUCUUUAAAGCCUCCACUGACCAGCAGAGCAGCAUCAGAGUCGUCCUGACCUACGGCGUCGCUGGCGUUGGAAAAACCUUCUCGGUGCAGAAGUUCACUCUGGACUGGGCAGAGGGUUUAGAAAACCAGGAUGUGGGUCUGCUGACUGUGCUUUCGUUCAGGGAGCUGAACCUGGUGAAGGACCAGCAUCACAGUCUCCUCACGCUGCUCUGUGUUUUCCAUCCAGCGUUACAGAAGCUCACGGCAGAGACGCUCGCUGUCUGUAAACCUUUGUUCAUCUUGGACGGCCUGGAUGAAUGCAGACCUUCUCUGGACUUCAACCACAGGGAGCUUGUGUCUGAGGUCACACAGAGGUCAUCAGUCAACCUGCUGCUGACAAACCUCAUCCGGGGGAAUCUGCUUCCCUCGGCUCUCGUCUGGAUAACCUCCAGACCUGCGGCAGCCAAUCAGAUCCCUCCUGCCUGUGUUGACAGGGUCACAGAAGUACGAGGCUUCACUGACGCCCAGAAGGACGAGUACUUCAGGAGGAGAUUCAGUGAUGAAGAGCUGUGCAGCAGAAUCAUCUUACACUUCAAGAGGUCCAGGAGCCUCCACAUCAUGUGUCAAAUCCCAGUCUUCUGCUGGAUCAGUGCUACAGUUCUGGAGCACAUGUUGACCACAGACCAGAGAGGACAGCUGCCCAAGACCCUGACUGACCUGUACUCACACUUCCUGCUGGUUCAGACAAAGAGGAAGAACAACAAGUACGCUGAGGGACAUGAGACGACUCCACAACAGCUGACGGAGGCUGACAGGGACGUUCUUCUGAAGCUGGGGACGCUGGCACUUAAACAACUGGAGGAAGGAAACAUCAUGUUCUACCAAGAAGACCUGGAGCGGUGUGGUCUUAAUGUCACAGAGGCCUCGGUGUACUCAGGAGUUUGUACUGAGAUCUUCAGAAGAGAGUGUGUGAUCUUCCAGAAAUCAGUCUACUGCUUUGUUCAUCUGAGCGUUCAGGAGUUCCUGGCUGCAGUCUACAUGUUCCACUGUUACACCGAGAGGAACACAGGAGAACUCAACAACUUCUUGGGAACAUAUUGGGACACAGACAGUACCUUCUCCCUGGAUGACCUCCUGAAGAGAACCAUGAAGAAAUCCCUCACCAGUAGAAAUGGUCAUCUGGACCUGUUUGUUCGCUUCCUUCACGGCCUCAGUCUGGAGUCCAACCAGAGAGUCUUAGAAGGUCUGCUGGGUCAGACAGGGAACAAUCCAAACAUCAUUCAGAGAGUCUUAGGAGGCCUGCUGGGUCGGACAGAGAUCAUCCAGAGAGUCUCAGGAUGGCUGCUGGGUCUGACAGGGAACAAUCCAAACAUCAUCCAGAGAGUCUUAGGAGGCUUGCUGGGUUGGACAGAGAACAAUCUUAACAUCAUCCAGAGAGUCUUAGGAGGCCUGCUGGGUUGGACAGAGAACAAUCCAGAGAUCAUCCAGAGAGUCAUCAGCAACCUGAAGGAGAUGAAAAGUGAUGACAUUUCUCCUGACAGAAGCAUCAACAUCUUCCACUGUCUGAUUGAGAUGAACGACCACUCAGUUCAUCAGCAAAUGCAACAGUUCCUGACGUCAGAGAACAGAUCAAAGGAGGAACUCUCUGGGAUCCACUGCUCAGCUCUGGCCUACAUGCUGCAGAUGUCAGAGGAGGUUCUGGAUGAGUUGGACCUGAAGAAGUUCAACACAUCACACCAGGGUCGACUGAGACUGAUCCCAGCUGUGAGGAACUGCAGGAUGGCUCUAUUCAGUGGUUGUGACCUCUCAGAGACUCACUGUGAAGUCGUGGCCUCAGCUCUGAAGUCAGACCCCUCACAUCUGAGAAAACUGGAUCUGAGUGACAUCAAGCUGCAGGAUUUAGAAGUGAAGCUGCUGUGUUCUGGACUGGAGAGUCCAAACUGUCGACUGGAGACUCUGAGGUUCUGGAGGUGCAGACUGUCAGAGAUCAGCUGUUCUUCUCUGGCUUCAGCUCUGAGGUCAAACCCCUCUCAUCUGAGAGAACUGGAUCUGAGCUUCAACGACCUGCAGGACUCAGGAGUGAAGGAGCUGUGUGGUUUUCUACAGAGUCCAACCUGUCGAUUGGAGACUCUGAGGUUGGAGAAAUGUAGCCUCCCAGAGAUCAGCUGUUCUUCUCUGGCUUCAGCUCUGAGGUCAAACCCCUCUCAUCUGAGAUACCUGGAUCUGAGGUACAACGACCUGCAGGACUCAGGAUUGAAGGAGCUGCUUGAUCUACAGCAGAGUCCAACCUGUCGACUGGAGACUGUGAGGUGGGAGGAGUCUGACUGGAGCUGAGAGUGAAGAGGACAGUGUGUGUGGACGGAGGCUGAGCUGUGUCCUGAGGAUCCAGAGGCUGGAGCAGCAGCAGCUUGGGUGUAGUCUCCAUCUACACAACCCCUAAUCUGCAUGUGUUUGUGAGAUGAAGCCGGAGCACCUGGAGAAAACACGGGAAGAAGAUGCAGACUCCACACAGGAAGACCCCAUCUGAACCGGAUUCAAACCAGCAACCUUCCUGCCCCGAUUGUGUUUAUUCACAUGAAGAAUGUGUUUAUUAAAAUGACACAACAAAAGCAGAAUAUAUAAACCCUCUAUAAAGAGUCUCA